AUGUUCCAACUAUGGCGCAGAGACGACGACCCAUGCGGCGCAGCACAGACCGUGACCGUGACCGAGACAGUGCUCCAAGGAGCAGCGACGAGCACUCUCGUUGACUUCGGCUACAUCACCACGGCCAGCAUCACGGAGGAGCUCAUCGCGACCGCGACAGGCCGACCAAAUGUCGGCCUCAAUGCCGUCUACGGCACCACCACCCAGACAUCCGAACCAACAACCGGCCCAACUCCCACCACCGACAGCAUCAGCAGUUCCAGCAGCAUGCGAGAAACCACCGUGAGCGUGACCAGCACUCUCGGCACGACCAAAACCCUCAGCCUGAUGUCCGCAUCAACAUCGAGCGCCAUCCCCCGCGCCUCGGAGUGCUCUAGCCAGGGCGGCGCAUCAAGAACCGCCCCCGCAGCCACGAUAGCGGGCAGCGUCGUGGGCAGCAUGGCGGGGUUGGCACUCAUCGGCCUGUUGGUGUCGUAUCUCCUCAAGCGCAAGCGGAAGCUGAGGUUGAAGAUGACGCUCAAGCGCAAGGCAGAGGAGAACAAGAACAAUCGGGACGAGAACAGGCAGAUUGAGACCGUGAUGCGCGAGCGCGAUCGGGCUCUCGAGGACCUCGAGCGCACGAGGUCGAUUGCCAGCCCCAAGUCGUUUGAUUUCGGUUUCAUUCCCUCGGCGGCGGCAGUUCGCUCGCCGUUACCGCCACCGUUGCCGUUGCCGUCGCUUUUGCCCAAGCAUAAAACCGUCGUGUCUGCGCCGCCCCCGCGGUGGAUAUGA